UAAAAUAUUUAUUUGUUCACUCCUUCCUCUGUAUAAGAAAGCCACGAACUGAAAUGGGAAUACGGCAUUCGAGUUUGUCAAAAUACGUUUCGUGGAGAUUAUACUAGGAGGAGAGCGAAGCAGCCGGUGAAUCAAUAUGGCAGAGACCGGGGAGGCGACUACAAAGGAGAUGCGAAAGACUUCUCUAUUAGGAGAGGUUGAGGUAGAAGUUGACAUCAAAGCUCCUGCGGCGAAAUUCUAUCACGUGUAUGCAGGAAGACCAGACCAUGUCGCCAAAGCCACUUCUCGCAAAGUGCAAGCAUGUGAUCUGCUCGAAGGGGAGUGGGGCCUCGUAGGCAGUAUUGUCAACUGGAACUACGUUUAUGGGGGGAAGGCAAAGGUGGCAAAAGAAAGUAUCGAAUUGGUGGAACCAGAGAAGAAACUAAUAAAGUUUAGGGUCAUAGAAGGAGAUGUUUUGGCCGUGUACAAGAGUUUCUUGAUUACGAUUCAGGCAACCCCGAAGGAAGGAGGGGUUGGAAGUGUGGUGAAAUGGCACCUUGAGUACGAGAGGAGUGAUGAGAACGUGCCUCACCCAGAUAAUUUCCUCCCUUUCUUGGCUGAGAUGACCAAAGAGAUCGAUGAACACCUCUUAUCCGAGGAAUAGACAAACUCUUGGUAUUUUCAUAAUAUUCAUUUCUCGAAAACUCUUUGCAUGAUGAUUAUGUCUAGUCUGGUGUUUGCAUAGUUGACGUUAAAUUUUAUUUUGUGAGUUGCAAUAUGUAACUUUUAAAUGUAUGUCGUGAUUAUUAAUAAAACCAGAUACCAUGACA